CUCAUCACACCCUGUGUGAGGCUCAGAGCAGAGACACACCAGCUCAGAGAGCAGACGCAAUGGCAAAGCUGCACAACCCAACAGUGAGACUACUGCUGACUGUGUUGCUGCUACGGCAAGGUACCAGAGGAGACUUUAUCACUGUGUCCUCCAGUGUGAGAGAGACUGCCACUCUGCCCUGUAAGAGUGUGCUCACACAUUACCCAGACUGUUCAGCAACUACAUGGACUUACGACAGGUCUGGAAAGACUUUUGAAGCAGUCACACUUGGGAGGAUUAGAUCAGAGAACAUAUACAGAGCUGAGAGACUGACUCUGCUACCUGACUGUUCUCUCCACAUUACUGAUGUCACCACAGAGGAUAUUGGACUCUACAGAUGUUGGCAGUCCACAAAUGGAGCAUAUGGACAUGAACCGCUUACUUUAGUUUACCUCUCUGUUCUUACCAUUUACGCAAGUGAGGCUGGCAAUGAUGUUUUCCUUGACUGCAUCCUGGAAACACAUGACAACUGUCACAGGAUACUUAGUGUUGGAAAUGUUCAUCUGAGCUGGGUGGAUGAGGGAGGGGCUGAGUUGCAGAACACCAACAGCCUCCAGAUUAGUAGAGCAUCUUUCUGUGAAACCAGACUGACUGAGAAGCUCAGAGCUCCAAACCCCACUUCCACUCAGAGGACACGGAGAUGCCAUGUGACUGCAGGAGGGCAGGUUCAGACUUCUGUCUCCUACACACUUAGAGAGCCAGAUGGACCUGCAGCACCACAACCAGCAACACCAUCACCAACAACUCCCCCCCCACCACAACCAGAUCCAACAGCACCAGAAACACCACCACAACCUCCAUCAACACCACCCAAAACAGCACCCACUCCUACUCCAACUCCAGGUUCUGCAUCUGACCCGGUAUUAUACACUUCUCUGUGCACUGGGCUGUUGGCUGUAGUGGCUGUGUGUGCAGCAGCAUUUCUGGUGAGCAGGAAGAGGGGAAGAGCAUGUGGAAAAAGAGAUGGACAACUGACUCAGACAGACACAUCACAGACAGGAAACUUAACAUAUGCUGAGGUUGCUCAACGCUCUCAAGCACACGCCCUCCCUCCUAACGCUGCAGACAGUGUUACCUAUGCCACCAUCAACAUCACCCAUCAGGCCUAAAUCAAGAAGAGAAACCAAAUAAGAGUUAUAUUCAUCGGGUGUGUGACAUGAAAGUGCAAGUGUGACGGAGCACAGCACGUCUGUCACUGGCAAUAGCAGCUGCACUAUUAAAUACUGCAAAUACUGCACUAUUAAUUAAUGUCAUGAGGUUGGUCUGUUUGAUGCUGUUACAUGCAUAUUAUUGGUGUUUAAAGGAGAAUUCCAGUGUGAAAUUGACCUUAGCUGCACUGAAAGAUGUUGCCGAGUACUUACAUGUGUCCAAUAGGCACCUUCGGUCACCCCCUAGUAUUCCGCCGAUUUUUCGCCGAACUUGCAUAAGGCUAGCUGUGUAGGCAUAGCGUAGCCUAUGCAGCUAAAUCACUAUUUUUACACCAUUAAAAAUGUUCCAAGUAACUCCACACUGCAUUGGUAGACUUCUGAGGGUCCAGACAUUUAAAACGAGAUACUGAGAACUUUGGAAGUGCACAGGAAGUUUAUUUAAAAAGACUGUUUAUACAAGCAGUACCUUCAGAGAAUCUCUCCGCUGGCCGCCAUCUUGUCGCGAUUAGUCGACUGCCGAGCACGAACGAACAGGAAGGACAGGGGAACAGAUUGCAAAAGUAAUUUCAAAACUACUAAUUACUAAUUACAAAAGUAAAUAGGAAAUAUAUAGUUACUGUCUACAUGAGCAUGAUGAGUACACGGUAUCAACGAAGCUCAAAAGGUUUUACAUCAGUGAUGGGAAUCUUGCGUAAUGUUGUUGACGGAAGACGUGCUGCACACGUGAAGGAAACAGCUGAUCAGUUACGUGAUUAUUUACAUUACUUGUGGACUGGACUUGGAAGUUUGCAAAUCUUGAGAAGAUGGCAGAAUACGAAGAAGACACAGAGUUAUACGAGGAAUUUGAAAUCAUUGG